ACCAUUUCUACAAUUUAUCAAGACCAUUUCGACUCCUAAUCCUGGCUCUGAAGCACCUGCAGCCUGUCCCAGCCUGGUAUCUGCAGCAAUUUUAAAAUGUGGGAAAUACUUUUCCAAGGCUUUUGAACUCCAAAGUGGAACAGAAGGAAGACACAGGGGGACAUCCACCAUUCAGUGUUAUUUUCCUUGCACAGGAGAGAGAGAGAGAAAGGAAAAAAGAAAGGAUCUUUCUGAGAUGAGCACUAAAGUCUCAAGUUUUCAAAGGUUUGCAUAACAAACAAGAGACACAUUGUGGGUUGCAUCUUGACUUUGAAGGCUUGCCACUGUCAACUGAAAUAAAAUGGCAAGGUUUAAAGCCUUAACCAAGUUCACAAGGAAAAUAUUUGGACUGAAAGUUUUGGAAAGUUUUCUCUCUUUGAAGUAGUUUGUCAUGUGUUACCAAUGUGAACUUUAUUGACCUUGAAACGUUUUUUUUUUUGAAUCAAAUAGCAACUAGUGACACUUUAGUAAAAUCUUAAAUCAACAACCAUCUCCUGGCGGCUCCAGCUUCAUAGCAAAUGCAGGCAAAACAGGGAAUCUACAGAGGAGACCUUUAUUAUUCCUAAAUGAAGCCUGCCAAAACCUUCCCGAAAUAGCAUUCAAAGACCCUUUUAAGGUCAUGGAUCCUGAACAAAGCCAGAAGAGCACAAAAAAGGCUGAGGAAAGUCCAAGAAAGAGGCUUCCCAAAGGAGAGGCUUUCCAAGGCAGUGUUUCAUCCCCAACUACGUACCAGGGCAGCUCUGCUCCUUCCCAAGGAACCCCUCUCCGAGACAUCAUCUCGCAGCAGCACUUUUCCGGCUCUUUGCCCGUUCCACGAGAGGAGCCUCAGGAGAAGCCUGGCCACCAGAAACAACCCAAGCCCUCCUCCUUUGACCACCCCGCCCACGUUCCGCAGCUUCAGCAGCACGCACUGGCACCAGCAUUUAUGUCCCCGGGGAAGCCGGAGCAUGUCCUGGAAGGUCCCACAUGGCAGCUAGUUGAUCCAGUCAGGCCAGGGCCCUCUGGCUCCUUCCCGUCCGCCGGGCUGCACGCCCACCACAGCCAGCUCCUCCCGUCCCACUCAUCCAUCAUUCCCGCAGAGGACAUGCCGGCCGUGCAGAAGGUCUUCAUCCCCCGCCCUGCCCAGGUGUCCCUGAAGCAAGCUGAGGAGGUGCACAAGAAGGAGAAGAAGCCCCAGAAGCCGGGCAAGUACAUCUGCCAGUACUGCAGCAGGCCCUGCGCCAAGCCCAGCGUGCUCCAGAAACACAUCAGGUCCCACACGGGCGAGAGGCCCUACCCUUGCAUUCCAUGCGGCUUCUCCUUCAAGACCAAGAGCAAUCUGUACAAACACAGGAAGUCCCAUGCUCACCGGAUCAAAGCCGGGCUGGCCUCAGGGAUCGGAGCAGAGAUGUACCCGUCGAGCCUGGAGAUGGAGCGAAUCGGUGGGGAGGAGUUCGAGGAGCCGACGGAAGGGGAGAGCACGGACUCAGAGGAGGAGACGGCGACAAUGUCGGGGCACGCCGUGGAGCUGUCGCCCAGGCAGAAGCACACCCUGCUCUCCAGCAGCCUGCUGAGCACGGGGAGCCAAGGCUCCAGCCACGACCGCUGCUCGUUGUCCCAUUCCAGCAUGUCCCAGUCCCUCGAGGACAGCUCCCAGUUUGUGGAGCCGUCGUCAGAGCACGCCCUGAGCCAUAAGUCUGAGGACACCCACACCAUCAAGCAGAAGCUGGCGCUGCGCCUGAGCGAGCGCAAGAAGGUGAUCGACGAGCAGGCGUUCCUGAGCCCCGGCAGCAAAGGCAGCACGGAGUCUGGGUACUUCUCCAGAUCCGAGAGUGCAGAGCAGCAGAUCAGCCCUCCCAACACCAACGCCAAAUCCUACGCUGAGAUCAUCUUUGGGAAGUGUGGGAGGAUCGGGCAGAGGACGGCGGCGCUGGCUGCAAACACAACCCAGGGGUUCCCACACCCGUCAGGUGAUGAGAAGCCCAGCAUGGUCCCGUUGUCUGUGCCUAGAACACAGGUGAUCGAACACAUCACUAAGCUAAUUACCAUUAACGAAGCUGUUGUGGAUACCAGUGAAAUCGACAGCGUGAAGCCCAGAAGAAGCUCUCUUUCGAGGCGUAGCAGCAUUGAAUCCCCAAAGUCUGGUGCGUACAGAGAACCGUUUCAGUUCGAUAUCAAGUCUGGCUCCAGCAGCCAGCUGGAUGCAGCGAAAGUGUUGGCAUCCCACGGUGAAAAAAUGAAGCCCGAACAAUCAUUGUUGUCACUUCAGCAAUCCCACAGUGCCACAGAGACAGUGCCUCUCCUAAGAAGCCACUCAAUGCCUUCUGCUGCAUGCACUAUAAGCUCCCCACACACCUUUAGAGGUAGCUACUCAUUCGAUGAUCACAUCAUGGAGCCGGAAGUCUUAAGCCGCAGCCAAGCAUUUUCCUCCCACCCUCGAAUGCUAAAACGCCAACCAGCUAUUGAGCUACCCUUGGGAGUGGAGUACGUCUCGGAGGAGGUCGGCUCUGCCAGCAAAGAAACUGUCCCCAAACCUCCCGAGGAGCCUGAAACCAAGGAAAGCGAUCUUACCAAAAAGUCCCGCAAGGGCCCGAAGGCAAAAGGGUUCAUGUACGAGUGCAAUGUGUGCGGCGCUCGCUACAAGAAAAGGGACAACUAUGAGGCCCACAAGAAGUACUACUGCUCAGAACUGCAGCUCUCCAAGCCUCGCUCUGCCACGUCCCACACCUCCUCAGAGCCGGAGAAGAGCGCAGCAGAUCCCGACGUGUGGCCCCAGAUGAUGCAUUACAAGCUGGGCAGCACCUUGGAGCUCACCCCGCUGCGCAAGAGGCGGAAGGAGAAGAGCCUCGGGGAUGACGAGGAACCUCCAUCUUUCGAAGUGUCUGACACCCCCUCCUCCAGCACCGGCCCAAGCACUCAGUUUGCAAACCUGGCCUCGUCUGAGGUGGCUCUAAACCUGACCCGUGAAUCCAUGAAGUCGCCAGCAGACUCGGGAAAAUCAGCACCUUCUGAGGCCAGUGCCAGCUUCCAUUCCAGGAGCACCAAACCAGCUUCGAGCGCGGAGGGCAAGGAGAGGAGAACAACCUCCAAGGAGAUCUCUGUCAUCCAGCACACGAGCUCCUUUGAGAAGUCAGACUCCAUCGAGCAGCCCAGCAGCUUGGAAGAGGACAAGCCCUUGUCCCAGUUCCCAUCUCAGCCCACGCCCCAGCACAGCCGCCCCCCUCACUCCCUGCAGCCCAGGCUGGUCCGCCAGCCCAACAUCCAGGUCCCUGAGAUUCUGGUCACGGAAGAGCCGGACAGACCAGAAACAGAGCCAGAACCUCCUCCAAAGGAGCCAGAGAAAACCGAGGAGUUCCAGUGGCCACAGAGGAGCCAGACUCUUUCCCAGCUCCCUGCAGAGAAGCUCCCACCCAAGAAGAAGCGGCUCCGGCUGGCAGAAAUGGCCCAGUCCUCCGGGGAGUCCAGCUUUGAGUCCGUCUCUCUCACCCGGAGCCCGAGUCAGGAGAGCAGCCUCUCCCAUGGCUCCAGCCACUCCAUCUCCUUUGACCGGGAUGACCACACCAAGCCAGAGUCCAGUACCCAGCCCUCCGAAUCCCACCCAAAACCUCCUGGUGUUGGCUCCCAUAUGCUGAUGGUCCCCAGCCACCAUCACCAUUCCAGGGAAAUGCGGAGAUCUGCUUCCGAGCAGACGCCCAACGUGUCCCACCCUUCCCAGAUGUCAGAGACUCGCAGCAAAUCCUUCGACUACGGGAGCUUGUCGUCCACUCCUGCCUCCACCCCCGGCCCCUCCACCUCCUCGGCCCCUCAGGAGAGGAGGAAAUGCUUCCUGGUGCGGCAGGCGUCCCUCACCAGGCACCCCGAACAUGAGCCAGACCCGGCCCCACUGGGCUGGCCCGACACGGAGGAUCCCGCUCCUUCUUCAAGUAAAUCUCCUGCCACGAGUUUGCCCCAUCAGCCAACCACGUCCUCCCCUUUGCCCUCUCACGGCACCUAUCCGAGUGACAAGAGCCAGCCAAAGGACAGCCCCGAGCCAUCCUACAGCCCGCCAUACACAGAGGCUCUGCAGGUGUUCCACCACCCCGUGCCACAGCUGACGCUGCACGAGAAGCACUUCAUGGCCCCUCAGGUUUCCAUAUUCCCCUACCAGCACCUCCUGCCACAGCCGGGGCAGUCUGCAGAGCUCUUCGCCGCACACACCAUGUCUGACAUCCUCUCUGCCCAGUUCUCCAUGCCUCAGAUCCCUCCCUCCAUAUUCCAGACCCCGCCGCUGCCCCUCCCGCAGACGCUCAUCCACCCGGGCCCGCUCCACAUCGCUCCUCCCUUGAUGUCUCACCCCGCCGAGGUGUCCUUCAGGCACCCUUCGUUCCUGCCUGUGCACUACCCUGGCUCCUCCCCGAUCCCCUCAGCCUUCUUUCUGCCUCUCCAGUCUCAGUUUGCCCUCCACUUGCCAGGUGAUGCUGGUGGACAUUUGCCACAGAUCAAAUCCAGUUUGUUCUCAGCAGCAGGAAGCUCCAGCCUGUCCCCGUGCACGGAUUAUGACUCGGACAGCAGGUUGCACCCUCUGACCUGCGCAGCGAGUCCCGCGCUCUCUGUCACCGUGACCCAGCUCGUCGUCCCCACCCGGACAGAGCCCAUGGUGUCCCUGGUUGUCCCCGUCCGCAUCCAGACCAACAUGCCCUCCUAUGGCAGCGCCAUGUACACCACGCUCUCCCAGAUCCUGGUCACGCAGUCCCAGUGCAGCUCUUCCACCAUCGUCCUCCCCAAAUUUGAUGACCGGCAGCCCAAGGGCGCCCUGGUGUGCAGCGCUGAUGUCCACGGGCUGGGGUUUGACCUGGCCCAGAUGAUCACAGAGGAGCAGAGAAGCCUUUUCCAGAGCCCAUACCUGAGAGUUCCCCUGCCCUUGCCGGAAAGAAAGGGCUACAUGCCCCUCACCUGCCCCUCAGACAGUGUCCUCGGCCUGGAAGGGGGCCCCUCCACAGUUGGGGGGAGCAAAAGGAUGCUGUCCCCAGCCGGCAGUUUGGAGCUGACCAUGGAGACACAGCAGCAGAAGAGAGUGAAGGAGGAGGAAGUGUCUGAAGCAGAAGAGAAGCUGGAAGUGGUGAAGCCACCCAGUGCAGUAGAGGAAGGGAAAAAGCAGGAUAAACCUCACUUCCUUGCAGAAAGCCAAGACAGGGUGGAGGUUGAGACACCACCCAGCGUGUCCGUGGAGCAGUCAGAGCCAAAGGAAACCCCGAGCAGUUCCCAGCAAGCAGCGUCCCGGCCGGGUUCCCCGAGCUUUGAGGCACUGCAGGAGUAUGAGCAGCCAGCUGGCAAACAGUUCCUCAGCCAGGAGCCUCUGCAGCCCGUCAAGAAGGAAGACUCCAAAGAACCGGUGGAGCAGCGUCCACCGACCCCUGCCAGCACUGCCCCCGUGGGCCUGAGGCGGGCAGGCUGGUCCCGGCCGGCUCCAGGAAGCCCAAAAUGACCGAGGUUCAUUUGCCUUCGCUCCUUUCUAAUGAAGGUCGAAAAGAUAUAACUAGAGCUGAGAAGGAAGAGGAGAAAAGGGGAAAAUCAGAAGAAGAGGCUCUUGUGACCAAGCGAGGGGAGCCGGUGAGGAUCAAGAUCUUUGAAGGAGGGUACAAAUCAAACGAAGAGUAUGUGUAUGUGCGAGGCCGUGGAAGAGGGAAGUAUGUUUGUGAGGAGUGUGGAAUUCGCUGCAAGAAACCCAGCAUGCUGAAGAAACACAUUCGCACGCACACAGACGUCAGGCCGUACGUCUGCAAGUACUGUAACUUUGCUUUUAAAACCAAAGGGAAUCUGACUAAACACAUGAAGUCAAAGGCCCACAGCAAAAAAUGUCAGGAGCUGGGCGUGUUGGUAUCUCCACCGGUGGAUCUGGAAGCCGAGGAAGGAACCAGUGAAGACCUUUUCCAGGACUCUGAGGGGCGGGAGGGAUCUGAGCCCAUCGAGGAACACCAGUUUUCAGACCUCGAGGAAUCUGACGACGAUGACGACAACGAGGACGAGGAAGACGAGGAGGAAGAGGAGAGCCAAGACGAGCCAGCGCCGAAGCUGCCGGAAGGCAAAGCCGACACCCUCCUGCUGCACUCCUCAGGGGGCUCCCCGUCCUCUCCAGAGGAAGGCAUCCAAACAUCCCCAGCUCAAGAAGCUGCCUCCAGCACCCCGAAAGCAGGGGAAGGCCAGCAGGCCUCCUCCUCCUCUUCCUCAGGGCUGGAGAGCAAGUGGUCAGCAGACAGCAGUGACAUUGCUGUGUGCCACAGCUUCCUGAGCCUCCACAGACCAGCUCUGACCUCCACCGAGCACUUGGCUCCUGCUGAGAGAGAAUCUGUCACCAGGCCACAGAUGUCCUUGGUCAUGGACCUGUCGACCUCCAAAGACACCUCCCCAAGGAAAAGGUGGUCCCCGAGCCAGGAGUGUGGCAGAGGGGGCGGCAGCAGCAGCAGCAGAGCAGUGCUGGCAAGGAAGCACUUACUGACCAAAAACGAAACGUCCCCCAAACGCUUCUCCCCCACGGCAGAGCUGUCCUCCCUGAGGUGCCUGUCCCCAGGGAGGGGGCUGUCCCCCUGCCAGCGCCUCUCUCCCAGGAGGGAGCUGUCUCCCCUGAGAUGUGUGUCCCCAAGGCUCGAGCUGUCGCCCAGCAGGCACCUGUCCCCCCGGAGGGAGCUGUCCCCGAGGACAGCCCUCCCCCCAGAAGGAGAAGUGGCCCCUGCCAGGCACUCAUCGCCCAGCAGAGAGAUGGCAUCCCUGAGGUACUUCUCCCUGAAGAAAGUCUUGUCUCCAGGCUGCUUGGAGCUGGCCAGGUAUCCACCCCCUGGCAAAGAGGACUUGCCUGGCACGAGCAAAUCGGCAGAGGACAAAGUUCCAAGCUCAUAUCAAGCCCAGCCCGGGAUAUUCUCUACGAUGCCUCUACCUCACAGGUUCUUUGGCAAAAACUUACAGCUCUACGAGUCCAAGCUGAAGAUGGAACCCCACAGCCCGCCCUGCUCUCCCGGCACCCCGCCGCCCGUGUGCCCCCGGCCCCUGCAGGCCCCUCACGACCUCCACGCUCCCGGCCGAGGGGAGGAGAAUGUCUUCAGCCACCUCCCGCUGCACUCGCAGCAGCUCGCCAGGACCCCGUACCCCAUGAUCCCCAUCGGGGGCAUCCAGAUGGUGCAGGCCAGGCCCAGCUCCCACGCCAGCCUGGUGCCCGGCCCCGUGCUGCCCCUCCAAGGCGGACACUUCCCCUCAGCCAGCGGCCUCGCCCAGCUCAGCCGGGCUGCCACGAGGGACGGGGAGCCCCAGAGCCCUCCAGAGCCCUCAUCGGCGUCCGUGUCCCCCGUGGCCAAGGUCUCCAAGUACACCCUGAGCCCGGAGCCGGCAGGUGGUGGCUUCUUGGAGGAGAAGAUGAGGACUAGCGAGCUCCAGCAGGAGCAGGAGGAGCGUGGGCCUGCAGCAGAGGCCGAGCCCAGCCCGGCCGAGCGGCCGCGGGCCUCGGUGUCCCCAGGCAGCCCCAGCAGCCCCAAGGAGCCCCAUGUGGAGCCCUCAGCCAGCGGGGAGGAACCCUCCAAAGCCACGGGCAAGCAGCCAUUGGGCAGCUCGAGCACCCCUUCGGAACCAGCCUGCACUUUCAUCUCAGCCGUCCCCUCGCUGGCCAGGGACAGCCCCUCAGAAGCGCCCCCUGGCCACCCCCAGGCCCCGCGCCCCAGGAACCUCUCCGGAGAGCCCGGCGGGAGCAGCCCUCACCCAGAGCACUCCGAUUUAGGUCAAACUCACAAAAAGGUGGAUGAAAACGCGGGAAGUACUUAAGCCUCCGCCAGCUGUUCCACCUUUAGGCUUCCUCUGUAAAAUCAGCAGACAUUUUCAACACUAUUUCCUUUAGUAUAAUCAUAAGAAGCACUCUAGUGAAUGACCAAACCCAUGGAAAAUUCCUGGUUUUCUUUGUCCCAGUCUGGUAUUAUCUCCACAUGUAUGCAGUUACUUGUGCCUUUUUCUAUACCUUUUGUUGCUUGAAAUGUACAAAACUGUUUGAGGCUGUGAAUAUUUUUUUAGAGUUUUUUGGAAAGGGGGUUUGUUAGACGUUGUCUUUUUUGCCAUUUAGGUGUGCGUAAUCCUGGGCCUGAGAGAUGUAGAAAGGAAAGGGUUAAGCAUUUUAAAGAGGAAGAAGAUGCACUGAAAACAAAAGCAAAACAGAAAAAAACUUUUUUUUUAUAUUGCUUAAAUGAUUAAAAAAAAAGGAAAAAACCCAAACCCUUGCUCCUGUGUACAGAAGUUUAUGAUUCGUAUUUAUUACAUGCUUUAUUUAAUUCAUGCAAAGUGCUUGGUUUUUUUGGUUUUCUUUUUCCUCGCAUCCCUAUGGUUGUGCUUUAAACAGUUGAAACUGCUUUACAUUUGAAAAAACGUGUUUACCCUGACCUUGUGACUGAAAGUAGCACUUCCUUGAGCAGGGGAGGUUUGUUGUGUGCAGGGAGAAAAACUGUCCCUCGAAAAGAGGACGACAAACUGCGAGCACCCCUCCCUCCUGCAGAACCCAGCAAAGCACUUUUCUAAAAAAAAAAAAAAA